AUGGGAUCAUCAAAUAAGAAUCUUCUUUAUCUUAUCGGGUGUCUUCUUCUUCUUCACUCAGGUUACUCUUCUCAUGAAUUUCACAAACUUUCGACUUCGCUACAUAAGAACUAUACAUUGCCACUUGACAUUUCGCUAGAGGCAGUAGUGGCUUUCAUAUUUAUACUAAUUGCGUCAAUUGUCUCCAUAGAGAAUCCAAAACAUUUGACCAUUGAUGAUGAAGUUGUGCGAGAAGAGCUGAGGUUUCUCAAACCUAUUGAGAUGAAGGAUAGCGUGCAAUUAGGCGAGAUAAUUGGUGUGAAUGAAUUUGAAAACUUGCUGAGUAGAGUGCCAUUUAUUGAUGUUACAAAGAUGAGACUGGAGUAUGCAAAUUGGGCUUCAAAUAAGUGA